AAAUGCUAUUUUACACUUCUCAAUUUUAUCUUUUUUGUCAGUUGAGAUUGGAUUUUUUUCCCCCUAGCACCCAUUUAGGAAUCGUUCGAACAAGUGGAAGAUGUAGCGUUUCAAACUUUACUUACUAACAAUAUACUUCAUAUGUUUCGAAAUAACAGUUCAUUUUUAUGUUAGUAUAAUCGAUACUUUGCUUAAUAGGGCUAAAGUUACGGUAUAUGUAGAGCAUAGAACUGCUGCUUCCAAUUAGCUUAAUCCCUUUCUCACGAAACACUUGAUGUGAGUCUUCCUAUAGAUGUAUUUUGGAAACUAAGCAACGGAGAGAAACCCGAAUAACGAUGUCUUCAAGUAGGAUUUGAAUGAGCACUAUUCAGGGAGGUAGCCUAGUGAAAAAAAACAUUUUCCUGUUUUUGACUGCAACAUAGGGCGUAAUUUUGACCAAGCCAAUAUUCAAGGGAACAGUUAUGAAGGAACUGAAUCUGGAAUAGCUAAUGGUUAUCACAGUGGUGUAGCAGAUGAAGGUGCAGUGAGUUCUGACAAGGAAACUGGAAACAUUAUGGAUACAGAAAGUGUUCAAAGGUCCUUGCUACCAAUCUCCAACACUGUGGAUACAAACAGUAAUCAAGGGUCCUUGCUACCAGAAUCCAGCACUGUGGAUAUAGACAGUACUCAAGGGUCCUUGUUACCAGAAUCCAACACUGUGAAUAUAGACAUUACUCAAACGUCCUUGCUACCAGAAUCCAACACUGUGGAUACAGACAGUACUAAAGGCUCCUUGUUACCAGAAUCCAACACUGUGGCUAUAGACAAUACUCAAACGUCCCUGCUACCAGAAUCCAACACUGUGGAUACAGACAGUACUAAAGGCUCCUUUCCAUCAGAAUCCAACACUGUGAAUAUACAAAGUGCUUCUUGCUCCUUGCUACCAGAUUCAAACACUGCAGAUACAGACAUUACUCAAGGGUCCUUGCUACUAAGCUCCAACACUGUACAGACAGUCAGUGUUCAAGGGUCCUCGUUACUAGAUUCCAGCACUGUGGAUACGGGCAGUGCUAAAGGCUCCUCGCUACUAGACUCCAACACUAUGGAUACAGACACUGUUCAAAUGUCGUUGCUACCAGACUCCAACACUGCAUCUUUAUCUAUCACUGAAAAUCUUGUGUACAGACUUAAUAUAGCUGAACCUCACUUUUCAGAGUUUCACGAUAACGACAGCAUUGUCGAAAGCACAUCUUCUAGAAUGGACAGUGUGGAAAAUAAAUUUCAUGAACAUUUAGAAAUACCUGUCUCCCAGGAGAAAGAUGAAACAACUGGGUAUUUCUUUCUUAAUAAAGAGGUUGUUGAAGCUGGACUGAAACAAGUAGAGACAGGAGAUGGUAACAAAAACGUCAUACUAGAUUCAAAAGAGUCUACUGUACUAUCUUCUGGAAUUACUUACCUUGUGCCAGAAGUUGAUGAAGACACAAGGUAUUCUAGAAAUUUUACUACCAACUGGGAUCCAGCAGAUCUUCUAAUGGAGCUUUACAAAGUAGAAUUUCCUCCAGAGGAUAACCAAGAAAGCACAACAUUACUGAAUAUCGAAGGUUAUCUGGAAAAUCUCCCCUCAGGAGGAAAAAAUGCAACAUAUUGGAAUCCAUGGAAACGGAAGUAUUUCUGUGCAAGGGAUGGUUUUCUCUACUCAUAUGAUAGCAUUAAGUCAGAAAAACCAAGCCUGGAGCUACAACUUAUGGGUGGUACUGUAGAGAUUUUGGAGAGUAACAUAAUAGGUGUUGAUGACAAGAGAGGACACUAUGUAGUUCUGAAAUGUCAAGAUGAGAAGGAGACCAAUGACUGGUUCCAAUCACUUCAGACUCAGUGCCAUGAAAACUUUAGUACGGUUUACGUUCAGCCUGUUCGUUAUCCACUAAAAUGUCAUAAGGAUGUGGUAGUUGUAGAUGUAGGAAAUUUCUCCAUCCGUGCUGGUAUUCUCAUGGAUCACCCAACACUGCCUCAAAUGUUCUUCCCAACUAUCUGUGCAACAGACAAAUACUGUAGUAAAAACCAGAUAUUUGGAUUGGAGGCUUUAAACCCUAACAUUCGCUGCACAUCCGAUCUAUGUUUUCCUGUUUCAUCAAGUGCAAAAACGUCGAAGUGCAUUAUGGAUGAGGAAAAACUUACAAGUCUUUUUAAGAAGAUCUUCCAAGAGUUAAAUAUAGAUCCAAGACAGUACAAGGUCCAAGUUUCUAUGCCUCGUACCUUCAGUCUCCAAAGUCAAGCUGCUAUUCUCAGGACACUGUUUGACGGAUUUGGUGUGUCUGGAGUCAAUCUGACUCAUCAGGCGAUAUUGGCUUUGUAUGCUUAUAACACAGCAUCCGGAAUUGUUGUUGAUAUCGGAGGUGGAAUGGAUAUUAUUCCAAUUAGCUAUGGAUAUAUUAUUGAAAAUGGUGUUACCAGAUUACCCUAUGGUGGACAACAUAUUCUCCAUCAUCUCCGACAAGCACUGACACAGAAACAUGUUAGUCUAACUAGUGAUAUCGAAACCUACUUGAUACGUUAUAUCCAAGAACAAACUUGUUUUGUAUCUCAUGAUUAUAAAAAAGACCUGGAGUAUUUCAGCGAAAAUCCGGAAAGCGUGGAGAAAACUUUGGUCGUGAAGCAGUUCUUCCAAACUGAAUUUCCGAGGGAAAGUAUUUCUCUGGAUAUUGGGAGGUUUCAAACACCAGAGGGCCUUUUUACCCCAGAAUUAUGGGGUGUGGACUAUCCUGGGGUUCAUAACCUGGUCUACCGUGCCUUUCGGGCAUGUAGCAUGGAUAUCCGACGAGAAAUGGCUCGCAACAUCUACCUCAGUGGUGGAGUUACAUUAUUACCGGGUUUUACCAAGAGACUCGAGACGGAAUUAGGCAGACUGACUCCUCCAACAGUUGUACCUAAGGUUCAUGCCUCACCUUAUCGUUAUCACAUGGCUUACCUUGGUGCUUGUCGAUUGGCUGCUUCCCAUGGAUUUGAUGAAGCAUGUGCAAGUGUAGAAGAAUGGUCCAAGAAAGGUUCAGCGUGUUUAAAGCGGUGGCGUUUAUGAAGUGUAAAAAAGACAGACAUGAUAUUAUGGAACAAAUAUUUUGAAACAAAAUAUUAUAUAAAAUGGAUUUAUUUUCAAAAAUGCAUUUAAUAUUAGAAGGAAGCACGAGAAUUAUAUCCAGUGUCAGCGUCUCUUCCAAAGGUUCUAAGUGACUAGAACAGUGUAUUGAGCCUUUUUUUAGAUUAGUUAUGUCCCAUUCGUUUUUGUUUACAAAAUAACGUUAGAAUUCCUGCCUUGCAAAAAAAAUUAAAGAAAUAUGUUUAUACAUAACACACAUUUAUUUUGUUUUUUGUGGUAAUAAUAAUAGAUAUAUUCAAGUAUUGAGAAAAUGUGUGGCUUUUCGAGUCAGUUCUAGUUAUAUUUAAAAUCUUUCCAGUUUUUUUUUUAUUAUUAAUUCAUCAUAAGGUCGAAGUAUUAGACAAGAUCAGUGUGUAAACUAACUGAAUUAACACAAGUUUGUAUUAGUGAGGACCUUGCCUGCUUUUCCAUUUUGGCCAAGUUGUAUCCUGGAGUUUAGUAAAGUAUUUAAACGUAUCAUGUACACCAUAACACUUCAUAUAACUUGCUUUCAGAAUUUUUAACAUGUUAAACUUCAUAAUUUGUAUUAUAAGAAAUGUACGUAUUUCGAUGGUAACGUUUUGAAAGUUACUACUACAAACUAUUAGAUUUGAAUUUGUGCCAUAAUCUAAUGAUGUACAGCUCUUAAGCAACAAUAAAAUGUUAUGUGUUUUCUUUUAUCAGAUGAUGGAU